AUGAGUGAAGCGGAUCGGGUGCCCUCGCCUGCCGCGCUGCCGGCUGUGGCGGCGACUGCGCCCGAGGAGAAGAAAGGGAAGGAACCGGAGCGUGAGAAGCUGCCGCCCAUCGUAUCGGCGGGCGCCAGUGCCCCUGCGGGUUUGGACAGAGGAUUCAAAGGCCAGAUUUCUACUUUCAGCAGUGUUAUUUCAACUGUUAACCAAAAGAAAGAAGCCACUGAAAACAGAAGUUCACCCACACAUCCUGUUUUCCCUAACAUCAAGAAUGUGAGAGACCUACCACCAAUUUCCCUUGAUGUUAGACAAAAACAGCGCAUCUCCACAGAUCCAUUAUCAUCUGAAAUGAAAGCCCCAGUUCUUCCAGAACCCAUCCAUCCAGUUCAGCCCAAAACUAUGAAAGACUUUCUGGAAGAUGUAGAAAAAGCUAAGUCAUCAGGAGAUUGGAAAACAGUAUAUGAUUUUUAUCUUACAACAUUUGAUUCUUUUCCAGAACUAAGUGCUGCAUUUAAGAAAGAUGCCUCUGCCUCGUUUAAUACUAUUGAAGACUCUGGGAUUAAUGCUAAAUUUGUGAAUGCUGUAUAUGAUGCCUUACUUAAUACUCCUCAAGACAUUCAGAAGACAGUAUUAAAGGGAAUCAUUAACAGCCUGUUACAAGACUGGAAAGGUCCACGAACAAAAGAUGAUCUUAGAGCAUAUUUUAUACUUUUACAGAAUCCUCAAUUUAAUAACACAUCUACAUAUGUCAUCUAUGCCCACUUGCUACGACAGACAGCCAGCUUAGUGGAAGCUGACCAUCAUUUCCUAGCUCACUGGUUUAAAAAAUUAUCCCAGAAGAGGUUCAAACCAUUGGUAGAGAGAUUGCUGCAGUUUAUUUCUUUACGCCUGUUUCCUGCAAAACCUGAAGAAUUUCCACCUAUAUCAAAGUGUUCGUGGUGGAUCCCAUCAGCAUCUAAAGUAUUGGCUUUACUUAAUACUGCGAACAAUUUGGUUCACCCUCCCCUUAUUCCUUAUACUGAUUUCUAUAAUUCUACAUUGGAUCACAUUGACCUCAUGGAAGAAUACCACACCUGGCAGAGCUUUGGAAACUCUCACAGGUUUUCCUUCUGUCAGUACCCAUUCGUUAUUUCUAUAGCCGCAAAAAAAAUCAUUAUUCAAAGAGACUCAGAACAACAGAUGAUAAGCAUCGCAAGGCAAAGUCUGGUGGAUAAAGUAUCUCGAAGACAGAGACCUGAUAUGAAUAUGUUAUUUCUAAAUAUGAAAGUAAGGCGGACACAUCUGGUUAGCGAUUCUCUUGAUGAGUUAACCCGGAAAAGAGCAGACCUGAAAAAGAAGUUGAAAGUUACAUUUGUAGGGGAAGCUGGUUUGGAUAUGGGUGGCUUGACUAAAGAAUGGUUCCUUCUUCUAAUUCGCCAAAUUUUUCAUCCAGAUUAUGGCAUGUUUACGUAUCAUAAGGAUUCAUACUGCCAUUGGUUUAGCAGCUUUAAAUGUGAUAACUAUUCUGAAUUCCGAUUGGUUGGAAUUCUUAUGGGACUAGCUGUGUAUAACAGCAUUACUUUGGAUAUUCGUUUCCCCCCCUGCUGCUAUAAGAAAUUAUUGAGCCCUCCCAUCGUUCCUAGUGAUCAAAAUACGCCAGUAGGCAUCUGCAGUGUUACCACUGACGACCUGUGUCAAAUCAUGCCUGAGUUGGCCCAUGGAUUAAGUGAACUCCUGUCAUAUGAAGGCAAUGUUGAAGAAGAUUUCUAUUCCACAUUUCAGGUGUUUCAAGAAGAAUUUGGAAUAAUUAAGUCCUAUAAUUUAAAGCCAGGUGGUGAUAAAAUUCCAGUUACCAAUCAAAAUAGGAAAGAAUAUGUACAGCUUUAUAUUGACUUUCUUCUCAACAAAUCCAUCUAUAAGCAGUUUGCUGCAUUUUAUUAUGGAUUUCAUAGUGUGUGUGCUUCAAAUGCCCUAAUGCUGCUUCGUCCAGAAGAGGUUGAAAUUCUAGUCUGCGGAAGUCCUGAACUGGAUAUGCAUGCCCUACAGAGAAGUACACAGUAUGAUGGUUACGCGAAAACUGACUUGACUAUCCGAUACUUUUGGGAUGUUGUGCUUGGAUUUCCUCUUGAUCUUCAAAAGAAGUUGUUACAUUUUACUACAGGAAGCGACAGAGUUCCUGUAGGAGGAAUGGCUGAUUUAAACUUUAAAAUCUCAAAGAAUGAAACUUCUACUAACUGGUUGCCUGUGGCCCACACCUGCUUCAAUCAACUUUGCCUUCCCCCCUACAAGAGCAAAAAGGACCUGAAACAGAAAUUGAUCAUUGGAAUUUCAAAUUCAGAAGGUUUUGGACUUGAGUAA